GGGAUUGGAAUUGCCUCGCUUGAGCGCGAUGGCUUCACACCCGCGCCAUUUUUUCUCAGUCCACCAUUAUCUUCUCCUCUCUUGGCCCGUGUGCUUGGACGGCUCAUUCAUGUUUGUGAUUGAAGUAUAAGUAGGUUGGUGAGAGCCGGCCAACAGCUUCAGCAUCGUAUUCGAGCUCGCGCAUCUCCAGCUCAAGGUUCAAGAAGUGGAUCUUUCCACAACCUCAACUCAUCGUCUUUCCUUCAUCUAGAACAUCCAAUUGGAGCGAGAUCGAAUCGAUACCAAUCACCAUGUCCCGUCGCAAUAGCAGCGUCGUCGCUGUCGACGUUGAACAUGUGCGUCGCAUGUCGAUCGCCAAUCCUGACCUCGCCCACCUCACCGAAGAUGCCUCAAAGGCCACCAAAGCCGAGCAUAACAUGACUCUGCUCGAGGGCCUCCGCCUAUACCCCAAGGCCGUCGGUUGGUCUGUUCUGCUUUCGGCCGCAAUCAUCAUGGAGGGCUUCGACAUUGUCCUCAUCGCAAACCUUCUCGCUGUCCCGGCCUUCAAGAAAGCAUUCGGCGAACAACUCCCGGACGGAUCAUACGAAAUAACGGCAGCCUGGCAAUCCGGCCUCACGAAUGGCGCCUACGUGGGCGAGAUCCUCGGUCUGAUGCUGAAUGGUUGGAUUGCGGAGCGAUACGGCUUUAAGAAGACCAUGAUCGGUGCUUUGACCGCUGUUACGUUCUUGAUCUUCAUCGUCUUCUUCGUCCAAAGCAUCCAGAUGCUCCUCGUCGGUCUGAUCCUCAUGGGCAUUCCGUGGGGUGUCUUCCAGACGCUCACUUGCACCUACGCCGCCGAAGUUACGCCCGUUCCUCUCCGUCCGAUUCUCACCACAUACGUCAACCUGUGCUGGGUUAUUGGACAGUUCCUCGCGUCUGGUGUACUGAAGGGCGUCUCAAUGCGCGAUGACCAGUGGGCGUACAGAAUCCCAUAUGCUCUGCAGUGGAUCUGGCCCGUUCCGCUCAUCAUCGGCAUCAGCUUCGCGCCAGAAUCUCCGUGGUGGCUUGUCCGCAAGGAGAGGUAUGACGACGCAAAGAAGAUGAUCCUUCGCCUCGCAUCUCCCGGAAAGAAUCCCGACUUCAACGCCGACGAGACGAUUGCCAUGUACAAGCAUACCAACGAAUACGAGAAGGCUUCAACUGAGGGCGCUUCGUACUUGGACUGCUUCAAGGGCACCGAUCUCCGCCGUACCGAGAUCUCAGCCAUGACUUGGUUCACGCAAGCUUUCUGUGGCAGCUCUUUCAUGGGAUUCUCCACCUAUUUCUUCGAGCAGGCCGGUCUGGACACUUCCAACGCUUUCAGCAUGAGCCUGGCACAGUACGCUCUCGGGGCCAUCGGCGUCUUUAUCGCUUGGUGGCUAAUGACUCGCUGCGGGCGUCGAAGCCUGUACAUCUGGGGCCAAAUCUUGAUGUGCUGCAUCCUCCUCAUCAUCGGGUUUAUUGGCCUUGUGCCCAAGGACAAUGCUGGGGCGCAAUGGAGCACUGGCGCCAUGCUCCUCAUCUUUACGAUCACCUACAACUGCACUGUUGGACCGGUUUGCUAUUCGCUUGUUGCCGAGCUGCCGUCCACUCGUCUCCGACAGAAGACGGUCGUCCUGGCUAGGAACUUCUACAAUAUUGCCUCCAUUAUCGGCAAUAUUAUUACGCCGCGCAUGCUCAAUCCCGGUGCAUGGAACUGGGGCGCGAAAUCCGCUUUCUUCUGGGCUGGUACCUGUUUCCUGUGCCUCGUCUGGACCUACUUCCGUCUUCCUGAGCCGAAGGGUCGGACGUAUGGAGAGCUUGACAUUCUGUUUGAGCAGCGUGUCCCUGCGCGGAAAUUUAAGGAGACUGUGGUUGAUGACCUGCACGUUGAGCCACAGAAUGGUUUCGAGCCCGAGAAGAAGGUCGCCACUGCGCAUCUUGAGACCAUUGAGUCAAAGACUAGCAACUGAGGCCUUGAGUUGACAAAGACGACGAUACGUACAAAGUGUUCCCAGCUGCUUGAGCAUCAUGUUGUACAUAGGAUAGAGUUCUUUCAAUAGCAUGCACCAUUGUUCCCAAU